AUGGGGAACAGCAGCAGCAGCACCAGCGGCAGUAGCAAGCCCCACCGUCCGGCGAGCUCGUCGGACCCGGGGCUGCCGCACGCGGCGGCGGCGGAGGACCUGAGCUCCUACGAGGCGGCGUGCCGCUACGACCCGGAGGUGCGCACCUUCGACUCCACGCUGCAGCGCCGCACCAGCCGCGCCAUCUCCACGCUGGCGGUGGGCGUGGAGGUGCGGUCCAUGUCCCUCGACUCCCUCCGCGAGGUCACCGGCUGCCUCCUCGACAUGAACCAGGAGGUGGUGCGCGUCAUCCUCGACUGCAAGAAGGACAUCUGGAAGAGCCCCGACCUCUUCGACCUCGUCGAGGACUACUUCGAGAGCAGCCUCCACACGCUCGACUUCUGCACCGCGCUCGACAAGUGCCUCAAGCGCGCCCGCGACUCCCAGCUCCUCCUCCACGUCGCGCUCCAGCGCUUCGACGACGAGGAGCACACCAACUCCGGCGCCGACGCCCCCACCGCCCCCUCCGCCCGGUACGCGCGCACGCUGCACGAGCUGCGCCUGUUCAAGGCGGCCGGGGACCCCUUCACCGACGAGUUCUUCCAGGCCUUCCAGGCCGUGUACCGCCAGCAGCUGGCCAUGCUGGAGAAGCUGCAGCUGCGCAAGCACCGGCUCGACAAGAAGGUCAAGAAGAUCAAGGCCUGGCGCAGGGUGUCAAGCAUCAUCUUCGCCAGCACCUUCGCGGCGGUGCUCAUCUGCUCGGUGGUCGCCGCGGCCAUCGCUGCACCGCCUGUCGCGGCGGCAUUGGCCGCGGCUGCCGCAAUUCCGUUGGGGUCUAUGGGGAAGUGGAUCGACUCGCUGCUGAAAGGCUAUCAGGACGCUCUCCGUGGACAGAAGGAGGUGGUGAGCGCAAUGCAGGUCGGGACGUUCAUUGCUAUCAAGGAUUUGGACAGUAUCAGGGUGCUCAUCAACCGGGUGGAGAUGGAGAUCAGCUCCAUGGUCGAUUGCAUCGACUUUGCGGAGCGGGAUGAGGAGGCGGUCAAGUUCGGCGUCGAGGAAAUCAAGAAGAAGCUGGAGGCAUUCAUGAAGAGUGUCGAGGAUCUUGGGGAGCAGGCAGAUCGGUGUAGCCGAGACAUCCGUCGGGCAAGGACUGUCGUGCUACAAAGGAUCAUCCGGCACCCUAACUGACAGAAUAAUAUGAUGAAGGAAUUUGGUGAUAGCGAUGCACAUGGAAAGGUUUAUUUAGCAUGUAGCUUAGACAAGCAAGCAAAGGCAGUGAUCAGUAUCAUAAAGCAAUAAAUGGUGCACUGCUUCCAAACUUCAAGAAAUAGCCAUUAGCAACUUGAUUAUUUCCUGUCGAACUCCGGUUCUUCAUCGGUGUGACGGGCAUGGCUUUAGUUUAUUUAUUCUAAUAAAAGGAUUUUAUUUGUUAGAA